AUGCUCUCAGUUGGUACUCGUUUUCAGGAGUGCCAGGUACAUCCGCAAGCUGCCGAAUCGCAGGUGGCGCUGCGUAGUGCUGCUGAGAAAUUGGUAACGGUGACCAGUGAAGCAACGAGUGAGGAGCAGUCUAAAAGGACCAUGGAACACCUUGAACAGGCAGCGAAACAAGCAGCUGCAGCAGCAACGCAAACGAUAGCAGCGGCGAAUGCGUGCCAACCAUACCUGCAAUCGAGAAGCGUUACCGAAACACUGAUCAUUGAAUGCACCGAAACAGCAGAACGUGUACCGCCUCUUAUUGCAUCGAUCCGUGAAAGCCAAGCAGCUCGUUCACAGAUUUUUUUUCUUUGUAAUUUCGCGCUUCUAAUGUUUAAAUGGUUCGUUUUGGAACGGAUCAUUGCUCGUUUCCGAAUUUGUUUGUAUUUAUUUUCAUCUCAUCAAAAGAGGCCAUAUAAUUUGUUCGCUUGGCUUGCUUGCUAA